GGUAAGGUCUUUCACCACUUCGAUGUGGAUACAAGAUAGUGAAUCAAUAUCGCGUGAAAAUUGCAUGCUUCAUGGCUACAACAAGGAAACAUGCACUUGUGUUUGGGGCGUCUGGUGUCUCAGGCUGGGCGGUUGUCAAUCAACUUCUCCAGGAUUAUCCAUCACCAGGCACAUGGAGCAAGGUUACCGCUCUAACAAAUAGGCCACUGACUUUCGAGACUUCUCAAUGGCCAACAACAAACAAGCUUGAGAUCAUUUCAGGACUCAAUCUCCUAGAGAAAGCUCAAGAGACGUUCGAAGAACAGGUCAAGAGUAGAAUCACAGAUAUCACCACAGUCACACAUGUUUUCUACUAUGCCUAUAAAGCCAGCACGAAUUUUGAGCAGGAGAAAAGGGAUGCUGUGGAUAUGCUGUCUCGAUCAAUCACGGCUGUUGAUAAACUCUCACCAGUCUUGGAGUUUGUGGCCUUCCAAACAGGCGCAAAGAUGUACGGAUUCCUUCUCCAGGAGGAUCAUUACUUCCCGACGCCGCUCCGUGAAUCAUUGCCUCGACUUAAACCACCUUUCAGUGACCAGCUAUUUUAUCACGAUCAACUCGACUGGCUAGAUGCUUACUCCGCGCAAAAGUCGUGGACGUGGUGCGAAACAAGGCCUGAUAUUAUCAUUGGAUUCGCUCCGAACCACUCAGCUUACUCACUAGCGGCAUCUCUUGCCAUUUACUUCUCUCUGUGGCGAGAAAUCAACGGUCCUGGCAGUGUGGUUCCAUUUCCUGGGAACCAAAAGAGUUGGCAAGCCAAGCAUAACGAGGCUGGAAGCGAUAUGAUCGCUAAGCAAACCAUCUUCUUGUCUUUGCACAGUAACAUCAGUGGGAACGGAAAUGCUUUCAAUGUCGCAUCUUCGCCAAACCAUGAAACGUGGGAAGAAAAAUGGCCACAACUGUGCAAGUAUUUUGGCCUUCAAUCUGCACCGCCUAGCGGUGAGUCGAAAGAAGUUCGACAGUAUAUCAAUGAUCACCUCGAUCGAUGGCGGAAGAUAGAAGAGACAUUUCAACUUCGAACGGAUAUCGCCCAGUCAGAAGUGACCAUGCCAGGGUUUGAGAUUUUGCACCUAACAUUGGCCGACUUUGAUCGACACUACGACUUGAGCAAGAUUUACGGCGCAGGCUUCCGCGACAAGAACACAGUCAUGGAAACAUGGGGAUUGACUUUCGAUAGAAUGAGGAAGGCGAAAAUGAUCCCAUAGUAUAAGUCUAUCAGGACGAGAAUUGAAGAUUUCCUAUAUCGUGAUAUAUUGCUGUGCAGACUGCUCCAUAAGCUGAGCUGAUGGGUGACCAGCCACAUAACCAGGCUUCAUAGCUCCAUGCCAAACAUCUGCUUCCCUAGUGCGCGUGAAAUCUU